AUGCAAGAGGAAGCUGCAAGCCGAGCGCUACUCAAUGGGCGACGAGAGACCCUGAACCCCCCGGGCCGCGCAGCGUGGUCUCUCUACCAGGCCGGCUGCUCCUUGCGCCUUCUCUGUCCGCAGGCUUUUUCUACCAUCGUGUGGCAGUUUUUGGCGGUGCUCCAGGAGCAGUUUGGUAGCAUGGCAGGCUCUAACGUUUACCUCACGCCCCCCAACUCGCAGGGCUUUGCCCCUCACUACUAUGACAUCGAAGCUGUUGUGCUGCAGCUGGAAGGUAGGAAACUCUGGCGGGUCUACCGACCUCGUGUUCCGACUGAGGAGGAACUGGCCUUGACAUCUAGCCCCAACUUCAGGCAGGAAGACCUUGGUGAGCCGGUACUUCAGACUAUGCUGGAACCUGGAGAUUUGCUCUAUUUUCCGCGGGGUUUCAUUCAUCAAGCAGAAUGCCAGGAAGGAGUUCACUCCCUGCACCUCACUCUGUCCACAUACCAGUGCAAUACCUGGGGUGACUUCCUGGAAGCCAUCCUGCCUCUGGCAAUUCAGGCUGCAAUGGAAGAAAUUGUGGAAUUUCGGAGGGGUCUGCCUCGAGACUUCAUGUAUUACAUGGGGGCCCAGCAUUCAGAUUCAAAAGAUCCUCGAAGAACUGCUUUCAUGGAAAAGGUGCGGAUCUUGGUUGCCCGCCUGGGACAUUUUGCUCCAGUCGAUGCUGUGGCUGACCAGCGAGCCAAAGACUUCAUCCACGAUUCUCUGCCCCCGGUGUUGACUGACAGGGAGAGGGCACUAAGUGUUUAUGAGCUCCCAAUUCGCUGGGAGGAGGAAGAACCUGUAAAUGUGGGGGCCCACUUGACAACAGAAACAGAAGUCCACAUGCUGCAGGAUGGCAUAGCUCGGUUGGCAGGCGAAGGAGGCCAUUUGUUCCUCUACUACACGGUGGGAAACUCUUGUGUUUAUCAUCUGGAGGAACCUAAGUGUUUGGAAAUAUACCCCCAGCAAGCUGAUGCCAUGGAAGUCCUGCUUCGCUCCUACCCAGAAUUUGUAAGAGUCGGACAUCUGCCCUGUGAAAGUGUGGAAGACCAGCUUUCCUUAGCAACUAUGUUUUAUGAUAAGGGGCUGCUGAUCACCAAGAUGCCUCUCACUCUAAACUAGUUUCUUGUUGAUGGUUGAAAGAUUGCACAACGGAUUCUCUACUGCCAUGGUUACCUUUUAAAAAACAAACAACAAAAAAAAAAACCUCCUUAAACUGGUAAUCACUUAUGGUCAAGUAUACUUACCUUUAUGACUGCUUCAGUGUCACAGAUCUCAGAUGGUCUUCUAGAAAGAACCAUUUCAUCUAGGUAAAAAAAAUUUAAGAGCAGAAAUUGGAGGAGGCUUCAGGGUACUGUGUAACACUGACUGGGUCAUACUGCUGAACACAUUAGAAGUUUUUUGCAAGUUGAAGUUUUUAUUUGCGUUUUUUUUUUUAUCAGUUAUUUGGGGGGAGGGAUGGGGAUCAUUUUCCUGUUUGUUACUAUGUUUGUAUGAAUAUUAGAAGUUAUUAAAUUGAC